CUCGCGGGGCCCGGGAGCCCGCCCGCGCCUGGCCCGCCAGGAAUGGCGUAGAGAGAACAUCACACGCCUGAAAGCCACUGAAGGCUCAGGACCCCCGCGCCCGUCUGUGCCUACUGGCACAUCCGAGGUGCUUGGGAAGAUGGACAAGUCCUGUGCGCUGACCUACAAGAUAGUGGACAGCCCUCUGGGGAAGAUGGAGCUCUCGGGGUGCGAGCGGGGUCUGCACGGGAUCAGGCUGCUCGGCAGGAAGCGCCUGGGAACAGGCCCCACCACGGCCCCUGAGGCCCCCGAGCCACCCGACGGACCUGCGGAGGCGCCCGAGCCGCUGGAGCAGUGCGCGGCCUGGCUGCAGGCCUAUUUCCAGGAGCCCACAGCCGUCGCAGACCUGCCCCUGCCGGCUCUCCACCACCCCGUCUUCCGGCAAGAGUCGUUCAGCAGACAGGUGCUGCGGACGCUGCUGGCGGCUGUGAAGGUCGGAGAAACGGUCUCGUACCGGCAGUUAGCGGCCCUGGCAGGCCACCCCAAGGCCGCGCGCGCCGUGGGCGGAGCCAUGAGAAGAAACCCUGUCCCCAUCCUCGUGCCCUGCCACCGAGUGACCUGCAGCAGCGGCGCCGUGGGCCACUACUCGGGGGGCCUGGGCGUGAAGGAGUGGCUGCUGGCCCACGAAGGCAGCCUGGCGGGGACCCCGGCCCAGGCUCGGGGUGCCCCUCGCGGCUCACGGCCAGCCAAGCCAAACUGA